AGACCGAGCGCAGUGUCAAACCCGCCGGCAUUAGCGACAUAUUAUCGGACAAUCUCUUCCGUUGGGAAAUACGAAGACUCGAAUCAGUGAUUUAUUCAUUAUCAACUCGUUAUGGCAGUGGAGUUGCUCUCGGGGAGGACCUUCCUCCUGAUUACUGGCGCAAGUCAGGGGAUUGGCAGGCAGAUCGCUGUGACAUUUUCAGGAUUAUUGGAGAAGGGCUCGAAGGUGUUGCUCCUGGCGCGGAGCGAAAAUGGCUUGAGGGAAACGGCGGAUCAUGUUUCCGAGCAAGUUUCUGUGGCCUUGAAGAGCGUUGAUCUGUCGGUUGCCACUGCCGAUCAACUGUCCGAGAUAAUCAAGAACUCCGUCGAUCCAUCGCAAUUCGAUCGCUUAGUGGCUGUCCACAAUGCCGGAUCGAUCGGCGAUCUGUCGAAAUUCACAACUGACAUGAGUGAUUUCGACGAGUGGAGGAAAUAUUACGAUUUGAAUGUUUUUUCACCGGCUGUACUCAACUCUGUUGUCAUGAAAUUGUUCAGAGACAAUGAGAAAGUUCGAAAAGUUGUUAUUAAUAUUACUUCACUCUGUGGGAUUCAAGCGAUAAAGUCAGUGGGGUAUUACUGCUCCGGAAAGGCUGCGAGAGAGAUGUACUUCAAGGUUUUCGCGGAGGAAUAUCCGGAUGUGAAUGUCCUGAACUAUUCGCCAGGGCCCGUGGAAACGGAUAUGUUGAGGGCUAUCGCCGAGACGGCAGGCGAUCAGGAAACUCGAAAGAUGAUGAGUGAUAUGAGAGCUGGUAACAAGCAAUUGACAACUGAACAGACUGUCAAUCGUCUCGUUGGAGUACUCAGGGACCAGAAAUACAAAUCAGGGGCGCAUGUUGAUUAUUUCGAUGAUAUUUGAGGGACUAGAUGUACUGAAUGCACUUCACGAAAACAAAAAAAAAUAAAAUAAUCGUUUCAUUAUUUCAUGCACGAAAAUAUUAAAGACCAAUUGAAGAGCCUCGAAACAACGAUUCAUAUUAUUCAGAGCUCCUGAUCUGAAUAAUAUUAUUUUUUAUACGAAAAUGUUAAAACUUGAAUUUGUAAAAAUGUUAAUCACAGCUGAGUGCUUUGUUUUAACUUGACAUCCAAAAUAAAUAAUGCUAUAAAUCACGAA